AAUUUUUGAAAGAUCUGUUGUCUUAACUGAUCCUAUGUUUUUAUAUCAUAGUUUCACAAAUUUUUAGUCUACACAAAAAUAUCAAAAAUGGCUGGUGGUGGCAGAUCGAAAGUAUUUAUGGACAUUUCCAUCGGAGGAGCUCCUUCUGGAAGAAUUGUAUUGGAACUCAGAGGUGACGUUGUACCAAAAACUGCGAAAAAUUUCGAAGAACUUUGCUGCCGCAAAGAAGUAGGAAAAGGUUUCAAGGGAAGCAGUUUUCAUCGAAUUAUCCCUGGUUUUAUGUGUCAGGGAGGAGAUUUUACUAGAGGAAAUGGGACCGGGGGUGAAUCAAUCUACGGAGACAAAUUUGAAGAUGAAAAUUUCGAUCUCAAGCACACUGGGCCAGGAAUAUUGUCAAUGGCCAAUGCCGGACCGAAUACCAACGGAUCCCAAUUUUUCUUGUGCACAGCACAAACAAAAUGGCUUGAUGGAAAGCAUGUUGUUUUCGGAAAAGUUGUAGACGGAAUGGAUGUUGUCCAAAAAAUGGAGGCAGUUGGAUGCCAAUCCGGAAAGCCCAGCAAAACAGUCAAGAUCCAAGAUUGUGGCAAGAUUUAAUCCCACUUAUUUGAUUUCUGCCUUAUUAAUCCAGGAUUGUAAUUUUCUUUGAUUAUUAUAACUGCAACCGAUUCACCAAUCAUGUGAUAAUUUUUUUCAAGUCCACAGGAACGGGAACUAAUUAGAAAAAAUAGCAAUUUUGCAAGUUGUCAAUGCUAACUUUCAAUGAGCUUUUUUGAUUUCUCUUAGUCCAAAAUCGAAAAAUAUUCGAGAUUGGGCUUAUGGUUGGAUUUUUUAUAACGACAAUCUUGUGAAAUUUAACGUCUUGGAUCAAAAAUAACAUUCUCAUUGUGUCGAAAGUUUCUUGGAACAGUUUUAUUCUAAUCUUAUUCAACCUGCUUUGCGUAUUGGUUUCAAAUAGGAAUUUAACUGUUGCUUUGUGCCGAACUAAACGUUAUGUUGUUUAUUUACUGGUAUGGGAAUGUUGUGUAAAGUUGCAUAUAAUUCGAUUCACCAAACUACAUAUACCAAUACUAUCUUUGUGAGACUUGAUCAUUUUCACAGGUUGAUUGAUGCAUUGAUAUUUUAAAUUUUUCCGACAUUUCCACACUAUUUUUUUCGUUAGUGAAUUUUUGUCGUUGGCUAAUUUGAACUGUAUUUGAAUGUUUUUGUAUGUUAGUGAAAAUUCCAAGUUCAAUUUGGUUUAUUGGUAAUAAAAAUAAUUCAGUGUAA